AUGGCCACAGAGCGUAGGCCCAGUUUCCACGACCUGCUGCGGGCUUUCCUUGUGGGCCGGGGGGUCAGGACAGGCCAGCACCCGGAGACGGGCAGCAGUCAGCCCCCCUUGAGCAGGGAUGAGUGCAAGACUGCAGGCCACGAGGCUGCCCUAGGAAAGCGCCAUGUGACCGCAGGGCGGGCCAGGCAGUCCACCGUCCCAGCUCACAGCACAGAGCCCUGCUCACCGCUGGCUGGCUUAGGCAUCCUGAGUGCCGCUGAGGGCAGAGUAGAAGACACAACAAUCCCCGGCCAGGGGCGUGAGCCCCGUAGGGUCUCCCGGCACCGUGCCUCAGUCUCACAGAAAAACACCAGAAGGAUGGAAAAUAGUUCUUAUAAAAGACAGAAGGCCCCCAAGUUGCUCGCUCCUAGAAAAGCUGCCAGAGACAAAGGACUCAGCAAGGAAGUCGGGGCUGCUGAGAGCGCCCCAGUACACCCCCGGAUUCCCAGUCCGGCUUCUGACUGCAGUGACCCUCAGGUGUCUGCCAGCAUGCCCAGCCUGACCUCCCGGAGUCAGCCAGCAGCCACACAGACUGCCAUGGCCACCCUUCAAGGCCUCCGCCAGCAAAUCCAGACUGGGCUGGAGCUGGCCCGGGCCCAGCACCCCAGAGGAGGCCAGGCGCUCUGGCCAUCCAAGCGGGCACUGCAGGGCCUGGCCGGGAGGAGGCUGCAGGGCCCCUCAAGUGCCCCAGACCUGCGUGGCUCCUCCUGGAAGAGCCCUCGGGCCGUGGCAGAGGGGAGGUGCCCCUUCUCAGAGGGGACUGGCAGCCUCCCCACCAGGCAGCGCUGGAGCACCUUAGCCGAGUGGGGGUCCUCUCCACAGAGGGCCUGGGCAGCCCAAGGACGGCACCCCUCCUUCCAGAGGCCUGGAAGCCCCCCUGAAAGAUUCGGUGCCUCCUUGCAGCGGCCCUGGAGUGCCUCCGCCGGCCAGCCCUCCAGUCGGCAGAGGACCUGGGCUGCUUGUAAAGACUGGGAGGCUUCUAAGCGAGGACUGCGGAGCCCUCUGGAAAGGCCAGGCCCUCCCGCCCAGCGGUCCUGGAGCGCCUCCUUCACUCAGAGGGCCCACACCCCCCACAGGAGCGAAGGCUCCCUCCUGCCUCCCUCGGGAGCGAAGCACGCCUGGCCGAAGCUGGGGCUGAAGGCCCCUCAGAAUGCACCUGGGAAGGAGAACCAGGCGCAGCCACCAUUGCCCGGCCUGAAGCCGCGGGGGCUCCUGGGCCACCCCUACAGCUCCAAGUCCUUGCGGGAGUUCAUGCACCGGAAGAGGAUGGCCCGUCGGCAGCAGGCCCUGGAGGAGAAGGCCUCAGCCGAGCAGGCGUUGGAGCUGAGAACCCGGAGGCUGCAGGCCGUCUACAAGAAGCAGAGGGAGGCCGUCCUUGGCAGAGCUGCCCCCGUGGUCUCCCAGAUGUGCCCCGGCAUCGUGACCUUUGUCCCACACUCGGCACAGUCCAGGGGUCUGGAAGCCCCUGGGAGCCUGGGGCCACCUGUGCUGGAGUGGAGCAAGGUGACCUCUGGCAUGGUGCUGGGGGACCAGGAGGCCCCUGGCAGCUUCUGCGUGUGUUUGAGCAGAGCGUUGAACCGCCCUGGGACGCUGGAGAGAGGAGGCUCCCAAGAUGGCCAGGAUGGUGCGCCUCUUCUGAUGUCUGCCAGUUCCUCCCUGGGCCCCCUAAAGCUGCAGGACCUGGCAACCCGCUGCCUGUGCCCAGGGCUGUGCAUCUACUUUGACCCCGAGGAGGCCGAGCACCUCGGCACACCGGGCCCCCUGCACUUUCGGUACAAGCAGGCCCGUCUGCAGGCCCUGGAGGCCACGGCCAACAUUCUGAAGCAGCGGAUCAACGUCCUCACCGCCAAGCUGCAGAGGCCCGAGGAUCUGGACUCACUCAGGGAUCUGGCCUCAGGCUCGCCGGCCUCGAGCCCCAGCACCGUGCCUGCCACCCCCACGCUGGCAGACCCAGCCUGCCCUGGAGACCUAGUGCCCAGUGGGGGCAGAGAGCCCCCUCAGGACUGGGCAAGCAAGCAGGCCAUGCCUCUUCUCUGUCCUGCCUUCUCAGAAGGUGAGACGACACUGUGGAGCCCCGGCUGGGAGCGGAGCAGGAGCCCGAGGGGCCACGACUCCAGCAAGCCCCGAGGUUUCAUGGAGGAUGGGCGCUUGGAGCUGGACAAGAGACUGGCGAGAAGCAUGGCUUCCUUGCAGGGCCUCGGCCCCUUCUCAGGCAGUACACGCGGGGUGCCAGCCAUGCCAUUCGCCACCUGCAGCUCCCUGCAGCGGGAAGAGAUGCCUCCAGCCAGAGGGGCGGGCUUGGUCAUGCCCCGGAGCACGCGGAGCAGCGGUCGGUGGGAGCCUGGUGGGCCGAGGUCCCCGCACCUGGCCAGCCUCCAGCAGAAGUCCCUGAGCUUCCUCCGGUCACUCAAGCUGGACCAGCAGAAGCAGGAGCAGGCACUGGCCCUUCUGCGGCAGCGGGCUCAGAUGGAGGUCUGGGAGACGCAGAAGGCCCUGGAGGAGCUGCUCUUCAAACACCGGCUGGAGCGGCCGAUGGAGAAGUACUCGACCCAGCCUAAGCUAGAGACCGCUUUGGAGCGGGAGCAGCCACCGCUGUGUGGGGACCUGGAGCCGAAGACCAUUCAGAGCCCCGUGACAGGCAGACCCGGAUCACACCCAGCCCCGGGCAGAGAUGCUACCUCGACCUCCCAAGAUCCCCAGGAAGGACAGGAGAGUCAGGCAGACAAGUCAGCUUCUGCAGGGCCCACGCAGGAAGGAAGACCCGAACAAUGUCCCUCCCAGCUGCCCCAGGCCAGGCCCUACCCAUGCGACAACCCCAUCCACCAGUGGAGCCUGGAGGGGCUGGGGAGCGCCAAUCUCCGGGCCCUCGGCGACCUCGCGCUCCAGAUGCUCCAGCAGAACCUGCGCGAGGAGGAGCUGCGCGGGCAACACCGGGCCGCGCUGCUGCGCCUGCGCGAGGUGGUGUUGGAGGAGAGCAGGCGCGCCGAACGGGCCUGGCGGGCGCAUCGGCGAGGGUGUCCAGGCAGCAAGGGGAACCCCGCAGCUCUGGCAGCCUUGAUGGAGAAACAGCAGCCGGCCCUCAGCAGCCUGGAGCAGCGGCAGAGGGAGAUUCGGGACCUGUGGGAUGUUCACCCGUUCUCGCACCAAGAGAGGGCACUGCUCCUGCGGCAGCAGAAGGACAUCCUCUCCAUGCAGAGGUCCAUGGCCCGCCUGCAGCAGGACCUCUGGGCUUGGACCAGGAGGCUUCAGAAUUUGGACCCUGACAUCAAGCCCACUCAGGCGGAGGGCUCUGAGACAAGCCAGCAGCCAGAGGGGCCUGCACAGGGCUCCUCGUGCCCCCUGACAGCACACAGGCCUGGUAGUCCCACCAGCCACCACCGCUGCAGAAGCCCUGGGAGCCCACAAGUCCCGCACCUUCUCACCGAGCAGCGGGAACGGCCACCCUCCCAGGCAGCUUCAGCUGCGGACAGUCACCCGCAGCCUCCAGGACUGGCGUGGGGAGAGGACACAGCCUGGGCCAGAAGCUGGCCUGAUGCCCAGGGCCAGCCAGCGGAGAGACACAGCCGUUCGGGCCAAGGAGACCCCCUGACCAACCCCAGACCCUCGUCAGCAGAGACGAUCCAGUCGGGGACAGAUAAACUCGCCCGGAGCUUCCAGGGUCGGCACGAUCCCCGUGGAGGGGGUCGCUGUGGCCCUGGGGAAGCCGGAGUCGUCAAAGUUGGCAUGAGUCAGGAUGAGUCAGAAUUAGGGCUGGAUGUUGCCAGCAGCCCCAUGGAGGAGCCCCACAACAUGGAAAGCCAGCGGUCAGGGGAGCAGAGGAUAGAGACCUGUUGGCAGGAAGACCCCCGAGAUGCCAUCUCCUGGCAGGAAGCUGCCCUGCUGCCUGCCUCUCCAGUUCGUGCACCAGCUGAGGAGGUGUCGCCGCCAGCCCAGUGCAAGGACACCUGCCUGCCACAGUGCACGGCCCCCCUGGACCUGGCCUCUGAGUCGGAGCCUGCUCCCGGGACCUGCUCAGGACCUUGGGCACGGUCGCCUGCCUCCUCCGUGGGCUCCACCAGCAGCUUGUCCUGUCUCUCUCUCCCGGAGUUUCAGAAAGCGUCUGCUGUCCUGGUCCAGCUUUCCGGGAGUUCGGUCUCACUGUCGGACUGGGAAGCUGGGGAGACCCCAGACACAGACCUCGGUUGGUCAGGGGAGCUCUCUGCUCCAGACUCCUGGGGGGUCCCCAGGGGCAGAGGGCAGGUGACUUGGGAGACGUUAGAGGGUGGUGGGGCCCAUCCCCCGUGUGGCUCCCCCACGGUGGCCAGGGGCCCAGCGCCAGCGCCAGGUGGCCUGUGGGCAGGUAAGUCGCUGCCUCUCCCCGGUGCUACCGCUGAAAGGUCAGGCUCAGAGUUGUCAGUGGCGUCCAGCGAGGUCUGGGAUGAGGAGGGCCUGCUGGAGCCUGGCGCUAAUGCCCUGCCUGCAGGAGGCUCAUCCCGCCUGGAAAGUGGCAGGACGUUCGGUGCGGUGCUUCCCUCCUCGGGCCCAGGGAAGGGGCAGGAAGCUUCUGGAACCAGUGGGAGCCUGACCAGUGGAUCAAACCUGGGAAAAGCCAAGUGGAGAUCCCCCGAGGCUGCCCACAUGGCAUUCCCGGCCAAGGCUGCCUCUUCUGAUGGCUUAGACCUGUCCCCUUCCCUUCCUUUGGGGUCUUCAGCAGCCAAAGGGACGGAUUUGGGCAGAGGAGGGGAGAUUAGGCCCCCUCAGACCUCGGCUGGCUGCCCAGAGGGCCCCUGGGAUGCUGACCUGAGACCACCCACUGGCAGGAAGCCCCUAUGGGCCUCGCCUGAGCCUGGGGUCCCCGUGAGCCCGAAGGCUCCUCCUGGGGACCUGGGAGGGCUGGCACCCCUGACUUCUGAAAGCCGGGCGCCUGGGGGUGGGGGCAGUGGAGCUGCACCCGUGCCAGAGGAAGCCUGGCCUGAGAUCCCGUCCCCUGUAGACGAGGUGCCGUCCCACGUCAGUGCCAACCUCCCACCGUCCACCCACAGGGUCAGCCACCUCCCUCCCCCACCUCCACCUCCCCCCCUCCCAGCAGAGAGUGAAGCCGGUACCGCCAGUCCCCACUCAGAGGACUUCCCUUCCCCACCCGAAGGUGCCAUGUGGCCCGGGGGCUUGCUGAGUGCCCCAGAGGAGGAUGCCUCUAUCAACAUCAGCAGGUUGCCCUCCUUGUCCAAAGACAACGUACCUGAGGCGCUGUCCCCAGGGACCCAGAAGUUGGGGCUCUGCCUGGGGACAGGAGGACAGGGUGGAAGCCUUGGGGACAAACUGGGUGAAUCAAGUUCUGUUGGGGGUGCCCAGGCCAUGGGUGGCCAGUGGUCUGACUGGCCAGGGCCUCCCUUGUGUGUGAGGGCAGGCCAUGCCCCAAGGCGGCUGGCAGCCCAGUCUCCGACCCUGUCCAGAAUGGUGAUGUUAGUGGCUGGUGACACAGGGCUGUGUGGCCCCUGGCCAGGGAACCCACCUCCUGCUUUGGGCACAGACCUCGGCACCCAUCCCCCCGGCAUGGAGGGAGCCUCCGUGGUAGAUUUGGUCUCCACCCAGCUCACCAGAAGGAUCCUUUGCGACUCGCUGGCUGCACUGUCAGAGCUGGCCGGGCUGGGCAGCCCGCUGGUGGAGGGUCUGGCAGGUGCCAGCAUGUCCCCGAGGCUCACACAGCAGCCACAGGGCAGCCAUGUGGAAGACUGGACUUCUGAGAAGACAGUGGAGGGCCCACAGUGACAUGUGGACAUCUGUGACUUGGCUGGAUAAUAGUGUGUGUGCGUGCCAGUGUGCACAUGUGUGCAAGGCCUUUCCCAGGGUAGAGCCACAUUCAGAAUGUAGCUGGCCGUGCAGGCGGUCACUGAUGUGGGGCUGUAGAUCGGACGGAGACCUGCUGACACCAGCUGCAGAUCAGUCGGCCUGCACUUCUGUGUGGGCGUGUUCAGGGGCCCGUGGCCAAGACAGGCCACUGACUUGAGGGCCAAGGAGCUGGGAGGGCAAGCACCUGGCGCCUGGCCACAGGGACCUUGUGCCAGGAUGGGUGCCCUCAGCAAAGGCCAGGAGAGCAGGGAGAGGCUGCCCUGGGCAGACGGUUGGGAGGCACGUCGGCACUGAGUUGCCCUCAACUGCACUUGGGAAGUCAUGAGUGGGGCGUUUGCUGUUUGGACUCCCAAAAGCCAAGGACUGGGAUGCCCUCACCAUGGCUGCCGUUACCUGUGUUCUUGUGUUCGGGGUGACUGCUGAGUGGGCCUCUCAUACAGAUUAGAGGAAGUGGCAACUCAAGGUCCGAGGCCCCUUUACCCUCAGCCAGCCAGCCCUCAGCCUGUCCUCUGGGGCUGGUGAGCCAAGGCCCCCCCCCAAAUGUGUUUGGGACUCCUUCUCCAGGAGACGAGAGCUGGUUCCUGGUGGGCCAUGUGUGUGGAAUGAGCCUGGGUGACAGCGCGGAUGCAGAGCAGAGCUCUCAGGCACUGGCAGGUGGGCUUCUUGCCCAGAGCACCUGCUCAGCACCGACGCUCAGUGGGAGUCGAGGAAACACGUGUGGAUUCAGCAUGAAGCGGAUUUGGGGGAGGAGGUUGGACUGGAAGAUGGACUGGGACGCCUCGAGGGUGCGGCCCCAUGGGGCCCGGGGUCUUGGCAGGCCGGGGCCCGCCCUACCCAGAGCAACACUGCAGCCAUAGCCACACGGGGCCUAGGGACAUGAGGCUGGGUGGCUUGUGUUGGAGCCAGGGUGGGAGCAGGUAGGAGCCUGCACUCCCAGGAAGUCACUGGGAGCCCCGUGCUGCUGCUCCUGCCUCACGGGCUUUGCCCGGCAGAGCUGUCCUGAGGAGGGCUGUAUUGUCCUAGUAUUUUCAGUAUUUUAUCCCAAAUGACAUCCGUAUGCUUGCAGACGUGGCUUUUAAAUUAGCCCAGCAGAUAUAAAUCCAAGCAUAAAUGGUCACUGAUAUAUGAUGAAGGAGCCAUGGACAUACAAUGGGGAAAUAACAGCCUCUUCAGCAGCUGGUGUUGGCAA